AGUGAAUCGAAGCAGCAGGAACUCCUCUACAGCUGGCUCACAGUUUAAUAUGUGAACCGUGGAUUAUGUUGUUCCAGUUUCUCAUUACCUGUACUGCUGGAAGCAUCUCAGAUCCUUGAAGUCAGCUUUGUGGACUUUCAUCUGUCAGUGGCAGCCAGCCAGCCAGUAAGAUGCAGCUACAACUGUGCUGACCAGCAGCAACUCAACAAGUCACAGCACUGGACAGCUGACGGGCUGCAGCCUGGAUGUGAUACUGGGUCGGUGGGUAAACCUGCUUCGGUGUGCGAUGUGUGGACCUGCCUUCCCCCUGUGUGUGCUGCUCUGGAUCGUAGGAACAACCAUCUCUACGACAAAAGGUCAGGUUGUAGCUCCUGCCAGUCUGACAGCAGAGGCAGGGCGUCCGCUAACGCUCAGCUGCAACUUCACCACAGCAGCAGGUGACUCCAUCCGGCAGGUGCGCUGGCUCAACAGGUACUCCAAGGUGCUGCUGUCGUACGUGCCCAGCGAGCCGGUCCUCAUCAGCCAUCAAGAGCCCAACGUGCAGCUCACCGCCUCCCACAACGACGCCAGCUACAUCACCAUCAGCAGGCUGCGGCCUGAUGACGGAGGCUGCUACCGCUGCAUCUUUGACGUUUACCCCAGAGGGCCGCAAGAAGCCUCCACAUGCAUCAGCGUCACCGGUAAAGUGCACCUGGAGGGCAAUAAGACUGCCGUAAGCGGGAAGCCGACCACCCUGUCCUGCUGGUACAGCCUCCCCGAGAGGGUUCGCCAGGUGCUGUGGAGGAAGACGGCCGAGCAAGGCGACACCACCACCGUGGCCUCAUACGCCAAACAUGGCCACCACGAGACAAAGGAGCAGUUCAGGGGUCGAGUUAGCCUGAGCCGAACCCUCGGAGACACCCAGCUGACCAUCCAGCCGGUCCGGACGGAGGACGAGGCCUGCUACACCUGUGAGUUCCACACCUACCCAGAUGGCACCAGGAGCGCCACCGCCUGCCUCUCUGUUUUUGUUUUACCCAAACCAGAAGUGAGCCAAGUCACCUCACCUGCAGGACUCACCGAGGCCAACUGCACCGCCCAGUCCAGACCUGCAGCAGAGAUCACGUGGAAUGUCGGCGGGGAAAACAAAACGCUUGGACCACCCAUUUUGUCGACCUACGAUCAGGGCGAUGGCACGACGGUAGUGACGAGCACGCUGUUCUUCCAAUCAGGGAUGCUCAGUGACCUUACCGUCAAGUGCAUUGUGCACCACCAGGGUUUGGAGAAACCUGUGACACUGGCCCUCAACACAAAUGUGGGUCCAGCUAUGGUCGUCCUGCUGUCAGUGUGUGGUGUAGCAGCCGUCCUCCUCCUCUGUCUCUGUGUGUGUCUCUGCAAGUGCUUCAUCUGUACCGACGACUGAUUUGGCGUCGGCUGCUUUGAUGAAGGUCCAGUGGAGCUCCGAGCCUGACCUAUCUGCUCAGCGCCGUGGCCUCCAGCUCAGUGGCCUCCAGCUCAGUGGCCUCCAGCUCAGUGGCCUCCAGCUCAGUGCGCAGAGGAAGGACUGAGCCAACACUGCUGCUUCUGCUUCCACGAGCUGAGCAAAAACAAACACAUUUUCCACAAAGCAAACACAACUAAAACCACAUUAUUUAAUGCUAGAUAUUACACUAACUUUAGAACAGCUACACUGAUUGGAGUGGGAGUUAGGUUUGUCUAUCUUGUUGCACAGUGGAGGUCCAGUGUUGGGGAUAAAAUAAUGCUUUCUGCCCUGUACAGGUUUUAGUAGUGUCUGCAAACUUUGAUCGGUUCACUGAUCACAACACUGUGAUAAGUUGUAUGUGUUUUCAAUUUUAGGUUAAUAUUGGCUUCAGUAGAGUUAAUUUAAAGAUCUCAUGCAGUAAAAAUGCAUUUUCUGUGUUUUGUGGUUGUGAUAAACUUAGAUUAAAAGCUCUUUCAAUAUGGAGACAUUCCCUUCCACUAUUCCUCAAGCCCCCCUAAAACUAAAUAGCCUCCCAGCUUUCCAAGCUAGUAAGAAUUUUACUGAGCUGCUACGAGGCAGCUGAGGAACCAAUAGCUCCAAUAAUUCAAACUUGCUGCUGCUUUCACAUGAUCCAUUCAGAAUGAGCUGCUUCCUCACAGUCCUCCAGGUUUCUUUACUUUCUCAAGGUGCUCAUGCUGACUCUAAAAUGUCUCAGCCUCGAGCACAACACACCAAAUGUUCUGUUGUUGGCUGUAAGAGUGAACACAAGAGUCUUAAUGUGCUCCCAGCACCUAGGGAAGACUCAGAUCAGAGGAUAGCUUUUACUAUUAAUGGCAAUGUCACUACAAUCCGUACUGCACUGUGUGGCUAAUGUGGCUAACAUUGCCAUUAGUUUUAAAUGCAUCCCACAGGUCACACUUCUGUGUAACUGUAAACUACUGUGCAUUGAAAUCUGAGGUAUUUCAAUGUAAAAUGUGCUAGAAGCGAUCGAAAGUCCUGGUCUCACGCUUUUAUUCACACCUGUGUCAUUUCUCUGCCUUCAACUGUUUUGCUCAGCACUGUCAAUCAUAGACGCAGAGAGAGUUUUCUUCCUGAAAGGGCUGUGGACAGCCGAAGCUCAGCUGAAACAGUUUGUUGUAGAAUGGAGCUAAAAACCAGGAGUUAUGCAGUCAUGGUGGAAUGAAACAUCUUUGCAGUAUUGUGAGCUUCAAAAUUGAAAGACUCAUUCUGGGGUAUUCAUGUAAGACUUUAUUUCAUUAGCUGAAAAUCAGAACAAUAUGGGACCUUUAAAUAAAAACUAAAUUAUUUGUAAGCAUGGGACUGAUUAGCUACCAUUCAAAUACACACUUUUUAUGUUUUUCAAAACUCUUUACAUUUGAUUUAAAACUAACAACAAUCAAACUGCUUAGAUAUUAUUAGUUAAUUUAAAGCUCAGAAACUCACCUAAUCCUCAUCUGGUUAUUGUGCAGUUGAGGUAUGAUCUGAUUUAACUUAUAGCAUUGCCUGGCAGCGCUGCAAGUGUCGUCAGAUUUUCACAAAAAAAUGUGCCCAUCUUUUCUUAAAAGUUGAGGCCAAAAGCCCAAACAAGGAACCAAAAUAAUCCAAACUGUUCUAACUGGUUGAUCAUUUCUGACUGAGGGAAUAGAUUUUGAGGACCUUUAAAGGGGCCUCAGAAUUCAGUACCACAUCAGUUGUUCUUCGCCGACACCACCUGAUAGCUGUGGGACACCGACAUGUCCACCACAAAGGGUGUAGCUUCACCUGAACAACGUCUGUCUGUGGUUGUCAAACAGAGAAGACAGAUGAUUAAAAGAGAAUCCAUUUUGAGUUACGGGAACAUAAGCACUGAGGCUGUAGUGAAGCAGCCUGUGUGAGUCACCCUGAAAAAGAGGUCUGAGCGGGAAAGAAUGAAAGGUUUGUUAUUUAUAGCUGCUGCAGUGGGACGGAGAAGGUGGUCGAGUGGUAACCUUCAUGUGUUAACGCUGCCCCGACCAUUCCCAUGCAGAUGAAGCUGCAGCGGUGAAUCACUGUUUAUAUGUACGUGAGAAAGUCAAAAGGUGUUUCUUUCUGUGUGAAAUUUUUGUGUGCGUACGUUUGCUUGCAUUGCUGUACAGUAUUCUCCAGACUCACGGAGCUGAACUGUAGGAAACACCAGUGUUACCUUUUUAUUUGGGAAAGUAUUAAUAUAGGCCUCUUUGGCCUCUGUACAGUAUUAUUGUCAUUAAUUUUUGUAGAAAAAGGCAUAUAUUCUCAUGAUUAACCUCAACAUCUAUUUUAGAGUGAAGUCAGUUAUCUGUGUAUAUAAAGAGAAGGUUUAAUUGUUAAUAAAUGCAGUUGCUGAGGUUAAGAAACUAA